AUGGUAGCCGCCGAAACCUCAACCGCUGAGUGGACAACCGGAGAGCACGAAGAGAUUCUAAUAUGGAGAGGGGUCACCGACGCUAGACGAGGAGAUCUUCUCGGUUUGGUUGGCGUUGAAGCGCCGCUACAAGCGCGACCAGAGGAGGCGAUUAGGACUCUCAUUUGCUUAUCGCUAUGCAUUCCCCUACUCGUCGGCUCCUUGCUCCUCGCCGGGACCCUCGACUACAGAUCGCAGUUCCUCUCCUUCAUCCCUCAGCUCUCCUCCGCCAUACCCUGCCCGGACAGAUCGCAGCCCCUCCGCGUAUACAUGUACGAUCUGCCGCCGCGUUUCAAUGUAGGGUUGAUGGACCCGAGCUUCCCCAAUGACACUGCCGUGACGGCGGCCAAUAUUCCGGCCUGGAGGUGGGGCGAUGGGCUCCGGAAGCAGCACAGUGUGGAGUACUGGAUGAUGGCUUCGCUUUUGUGCGAGGGGAACGACGGAUCGUGUUCUUCCAGGGAGGCAGUUCGGGUCAUGGAUCCGGAAUCUGCUGACGUCUUCUUCGUCCCUUUUUUCUCAUCUCUUAGUUUCAAUGUUUACGUUCGGAAUAUGGCGGACUUGAAUACGGCUGAUGAAAAGUUGCAGCUGGAGAUGGUAAAUAUCUUAAGAGCAUCUGAUUACUGGAGAAGGUCUGACGGGCGAGACCAUGUGAUUCCGGUGCAUCAUCCCAAUGCUUUCAGACAUUAUCGGGAUAAAGUUAAUGCUUCCAUAUUCAUUGUCGCGGAUUUUGGUCGCAUAAUGAACAUUUCUAGUCUGGCAAAGGAUGUUGUAGCCCCCUACCCACACAUGGUCGAAUCAUAUGUUAGUGAUGACCAUGAUGAUCCAUUCAAAUCUCGUGAAACUCUUCUCUUUUUCCGUGGAAGAACUAAGAGGAAAGAUGAAGGAAUAAUUCGUGCUCAGCUGCAUAAGAUGCUAAAUGGAACAAAAGAUGUCGUAUACGAGGAAGCUUAUGCGUCAGAAGAAGGCUUCAAGGCUUCUACCGAACAAAUGCGUUCAUCGAAGUUUUGUCUCCAUCCUGCGGGUGACACUCCAUCUUCUUGCCGUCUAUUUGAUGCUAUUGUCAGCCACUGUGUUCCUGUUAUUGUGAGUGACAGAAUCGAGCUGCCUUUUGAAAGUGACAUAGACUACAAGGAAUUCUCCAUUUUCUUCUCAGUUAACGAGGCACUUAAACCAGGCCACUUGAUAAAUGAGCUCAGGGCUGUUUCCAAAGAAAAAUGGAUUAUAAUGUGGUCUAAACUUAUAAGCAUUUCUCACCACUUUGAGUUCCAGUAUCCCCCGAUGGAUGAAGAUGCAGUCAAUAUGAUUUGGAGACAGGUGAAGCAGAAGGUACCUGCGGUUAAGCUUGCUGUACACCGGAGUAGGAGGCUGAAAAUACCCGAUUGGUGGAGAUAG